AUGGUAAGAGCUGAACUUCUGCAGCUUGUGAAACGGGCAGCUGUUACACCAAAAUAUGUAGUUGAUGAAAUUGCAAAGGAACACAAUCGUACCGUGCUGCGAUUGCCUCCAUAUCACUGCGAAUUGAAUCCAAUUGAACUGAUAUGGGCGCAAAUAAAAGGUGAAGUGGCCAGAAACAACACCACAUUUAAAAUGAAAGACCUUCAUCCACUAUUUCAACAAGCAGUGGAACAUGUUACUGCUGAAAAUUGGAAGAACGCAAUUCGCCAUGCUCAAAGUGAAGAGAAAAAAAUGUGGCAAAUUGACAUUUUAAUGGACAUCGUAGUGGAGCCAUUAGUAAUUCAUGUGGGAGAUGACUCGACAUCAACGGAGUCCGAAUCCGAGUGA